AUGAAUCAAAUACUAAAAAAGUUAAAAGAAAAGUUUCUUCCCGAAGCAGAAAUAGAAGAUGAAAUUUGCCAAGAAGCCUGUCAUCAUUGUCAAGAAGACUUAGGAUUUAAAAACAUUCAAAAUUUAGAAAAAAAACUAACUAAUUUAGAAAGAGAAUUAGAGUUAGUGGCAGAUGAAGCAAAACCGAAAACCCACGAAGAAAUCAAAAAAGUUCAAGAAAAAUUAGUCGAAGAGCAGAAAAAAAUCGCUCAUUCUCGACCUAAAGCAAUUACUAUUCGGUUAAGAAAAAAUCCGGAUAACAAAACCAUUGCCCACGAAUUUGCUCAUGCUUUUCUAUAUAUGACUGAACAAAAAGAAAAGGUGGCUAACAAAGAAGCCCUUAUUACAAGGAUAGCGAAUACUACUUCCCACGAGCCAAAAUUAGUGGAGAAAAUUCUGCGACAAAUAAAAAAUGCUCGAAAAAAACCCGGUCUUCGCCUCAACCUUAAUGAAAAGCAAUUAGAGGCUCAUUUAAAUGAAAAAGAAGAUAUUUUAUUCCAUGGUUAUUUUGCUUUAAAAGUUUGUCGUUCGGCGGCUCGUCAAGUUCGUAGCCCUCACAAUGGAGAACUAAUAACGGUGAAAGAAAAAAAUCGUCUCAGUUUUCGAGCCAGUUCUAAAUUAAAAAGAGAAAUAAAUAAUCAAGAAAAAAAAGAAUUAGAUUUAAGUGAUUUUGUUAACUUAGAAAAUUUAUUGGUAAGGGAUCAAAAAAUUACAGAGUUAAAGGUAUCUAAUUGUCCCAAAUUGACUUACCUCAGUUGUGCUAAUAAUGAGUUAGGGAGUUUAAAUUUAAAUAACUUAGUCAACUUAGGCAUUAUUAAUUGUUCGAAUAACCUUUUGACUGAACUCGACCUUUCUUCCCAAAAUCCAAAAAAAGUGACUUCCCUACGUCUUGAUAAUAAUAAUUUCUCGCAUAGUGAUUUAAGCAUUUUUUCUCGUUUUACAAGGGUUCGCGACUUGUAUUUAGGAACUAAUAAAAAAAAAAGAAUAGACAAAAACAUUUAUAACCGUUUUUUUGGUUCACUAGAAGAAUUGAAAAACUUCACUAAUUUAGUCGAAUUAGAUAUUAACGCUACUGAUAUUGAUAGUGGUUUGGACGACAAACUGGCCGGAGGAGAAAGCAACCGAGGACAGAGAGAGAAAAUUGCUCGCAUAAAAAGUUUUCAAGAUUAUUUUCGAGCUGCAAAAAAAUUUCACCAAAAGAUUACUGCUCUGGCGGGAAAGAGCAAUACCCCAAGAAUCUUUGGAACUGGGUUACGAAUAACCGAAGCAAUUAAUUUUAAUUUAGAACUAAAACAUCCUGAACCAGAAUAUAGUGAUUUGUAUCUACUACGGGGCAAAAGAAGAAAAGAACGUUAUAUUUAUGUUUCUCCUGAAAUAGCAGAGAUAUUGAAGACCCCCCAUACUUUAAGGCGUUGUUUUGCUACUUAUAACCUUUUGGCCGGAAUGCCCCUUAAUAUUUUACAAAAAGUUUUAGGUCAUAGUCGAGUUUCCACUACCGCUUUAUACAUUAAAGAUAUUAGUGGGAUUAUCGGAAUAUUCGGUUUGGGAAUAGUUGUUUUUUUCACAAAUACUUCCUCCUUGCCAGCAAAUAGUAAAGAUAAUAAACCGACUGAAACUCCCCCAGUCCUUCCCCCUUCUGAGGAGCAAGAUAAUUGCCCUUAUAAUGAAAAAAGUUUGGCCAGUUUUUCCAAGCAUGUUUAUGAGCAAGUUAGUGAAAAAGAUUUAGCCCAAUGGAAAAAAAUCCCCCAAGCGGAAAUUCCGAAUUUAACUACCCAGGAGAGAAUUGGAGUAUUAAACGGAUUAAUAAUUAUGCCUAAUCCUCGAUUAAAUGACCCUGAUACUACCGCUGAGGAAGGACUAAAAAUACAUGAAACUAACUUCUGA